UGGAAAAAACUCCAAGUCUUCGCGAUACGAAUAACGGAAUAAUAUAACGAAAGGAUACCGCUUGGAGAUAGAUGGUGUUGAUGUUGGAAAGCUGUUGCUUCAGUAAAAGACGCCACUCGUUGUGUCGCAGCAAUAUCAGCUUCUAUUAACUACCUGGAAGAACUCCAAGUCUUCGCGAUACGAAUAACAGAAUAAUAUAACUGAUGGAUACGAAUUGACGAAGGAAAAACCGCUUGGAGAUAGAUGGUGUUGAUGUUGGAAGGCUGUUGCUUCAGUAAAAGACGCCACUCAAUGAGAUAUAUCGCGGGAGGGGAGGUGGCAACAACGUGCAGGGGAUGUUAAGAUUGAUGACGACGCACUUUCACGGAUCGCCGCGAAAGGUCAGCGCGUCGAGAAGUCCGACUAAAUGAGGCAAUCUUUCUGCAAGUGCGAAGGCGGCGCUCUGAUGGUGGACUGUUCCGUGUGCAGGGUUCUAAUCGCGACCGGAUAGCUAUACAUGUACAUUAUGAUGGCUGCAUUCAUACCGCACCAAGGGAGGCGAGUCAGUCGACUCCCCUCCAUCGUAGGCAGAUAUUCUCCUAUACGGAGGCCGUUCUGCCCGACUACUGAGCAGAGAAAAGUCGCAGGGGACGAGCGGCUGGUGUUUAACGUCAGCGGGCACAAGUUCGAGGUCUGGCGUGGCGCUUUGGACGCUCAUCCUGAUACCUUACUCGGGAGGUUCGACGAUCGGGAGAAAUUCUACAAUCAGGACACGAACGAGUACGACUUGUCGACGACUCCGGAGAUGUUUAAGUACAUCCUGAGGUUCUACACCAACGGGGUGUUGCACUUCCCCAAGUCGGACGAUAUCCACUUCCACACGUACUUGGAGGAGAUUGAGUUCUUCGAGAUCGACCCGGACGAACAUAUGAGCCAUUGUUGCUUCGAGGAUUACAUAGAUAGGAAGAUUCAAUGGGAUAUUGCCCACCGACCGAAGGUGGUCUUCGUUCCAGACACGCUCAGGGAGAAACUGUGGCAGAUGGUAGAAAGUCCCAAGGCGAACACGUCUGCACAGGUUUUUUUCUACAUCACGUGCUUCUUCAUAUCCUUGUCUGUGACAGCCACUGUAUUGGAGACUUUAGCUUGCGAGGAGGUCGCGAAAAUCGGAGACCCGUUUAUAAUAGCCAGGGCGAGAAAUUGCAGACACGUCUUCUUCUGUAUAGAAAGCGCCUGUGUGGUACUAUUCACUGCUGAGUACAUCAUCAGACUAUACGCAUCACCCAACAGGUCGCUUUACGCCAGGAGCUUUAUGAGCGUGGUAGACUUGGUCUCCAUUUUCCCCUUCUACGUAGGGCUGUGUAUAAGCGAGGAAAGCAACGUGCAAGCCGUAUUCGACACUCUAAGAGUGUUCCGCGUCUUCAGGGUGUUCAAGCUCUGCCGGUCGAGUCCAGGAAUGAUCAUGCUGGCGAAAACUCUUAAAAUCAGCGCAGCCAAUUUGAGCUCGCUCUGCUUCGCCCUCAGCAUGAUCUGUCUAGUAUUUACCACUAUGAUGUAUUACAUGGAAAAGACCCACAAUCCGGAAAAGUUCAGCAGCAUCCCUGCGGUCUUCUGGUUUACUAUAAUUACCAUGACUACUGUUGGAUACGGGGACACAACCCCUAUAGGGUUCAUCGGAAAGGUUCUUACGGGAGCGUGGUCGAUUAUAUGCGUGGUCAUACUCUCCUUUCCCUUGACUAUACUCGUCGAUACUUUUACGGCGAUUAGGGAAAGUGCCAAAGCGAGGAAAGAAAAGAUGAAGCAAUCUCAAGAAGAACAGACUGACGAAUCAGAUGAUGACGACUCAUAAUGAGUGUAGUGUUUGAGUAGAAGAUGCAGAGUUUUUUUAAAGAGAACGUAGUGGGCAUACCAAAGCCUCGGUCACAACCCGCCGUGCGUGCUUUCUGUCCGUACGUUUUAUUG